GAGCCAAGUUCCAAGUAGGACGGAGGCUGCAGCACCCAGGGAGGAACGCCAAGGUCUCUGGGACAGCCACCAGUCCAGGAGGCUGCAGCACCAGGUACAGCCAGGGCUGGCCCUUGGGAAGCCCAGGGGAGUCUGUGCUCACGUCUUCCAGGACGGUGCUUCUUCUAGAAGCUGACAUGGAGCUGACCACAGCUCUUGGAGGCCUGGCCUGAGGCUUAGAAAAUAGACAGAGAUCAUCUGAGAUUUGAGCAGUGGGGCCACGUGGCAGCGCCCGAUGGCCUGGAGCAGGAGCAACCCAGGGACUCGGAGCAGCAUCUUCUUAGGAGACAGAGGGAGAGCCGCCGGAGGAGCACAGGGCAACUGCGAUCACCAAGAGCCUCCUGUUCUGGAUGGGAGCGAAGGCUCUGAGAGGACCUAAGGCUGCUUAGCGGGCCAUGGAAACGGCAGUGAUUGGGGUGGUGGUGGUGCUGUUCGUGGUGACUGUGGCCAUCACCUGCGUCCUCUGCUGCUUCAGCUGUGACUCGAGGGCCCAGGAUCCUCAGGGGGGCCCUGGCCGCAGCUUCACGGUGGCCACAUUUCGCCAGGAGGUUUCUCUCUUCACAGGGCCUGGUCGCCAUGCCCAGCCAGUGCCGAGUGCCCGGGACUUCUGGACCUUCAUGUGAGGCCUGAGUGCCCAGGAUUUGCUGUGCCGAUGGGUCAGACUCACUCGCCCCUCAGCAGGCCUUCCCGGACCUUCCCCUCCUCCCAGGGCCUUCUCCCUGUCCUUCCCCUCCUGUACUGUGAACUUCCUGUCUCCCCCCAUUCUAGCCUUCUGUGCCCUCCAGGCUUGGGGAUCCUUGUUAUUGGGACCCCUGACAGCCCAGUCAGGGUCACCCACAGGAUGGGGCUUAGGAGGGGUCUGAGGAGUGAGUGAACAGACACGGCGCUGGACUGCACAGUCGGCUGGCUUUGCUGAUCUACACCAACCACUGAAAUAUCACUGGGAUGUAUUGGAAACGGUGUGCCUAUGACUCCCACCUGAGCACGCAGCACCCUCGAGUGGCCAUUUUUAGAAACCGCUGCUUCCUUGCUCUCCUAAUUGAUUACUUUUGCACAUUGCACAGAACCCAACCUCGAGGCCUGCUCCCUGCCAGUUGCCUGAAAUCAGCCCUAAAAUUCUGAAACCAAAAAGGUGCUUCCUGGGAACAAGUGAUUUACUUUAGAUUUGAAAAUGUAUAUCCUUUUAUGGGCCUUUCCAAAUCAGAUUUGAAAAACCACAAAAGGAAACAGAAGAGAAAAUAAGAGCCACAGAAAGUACAAUAUGUUUUAUUGACAGGAAAGCCAGAAAUAAGAUUUUUUAAACAUAUUUUUAAUGAGACUUUAUUGCUAUAUUCCACUUUUAUUCUUAGAGAAUGUGAAUGACUUGUGUCACUUCAGAGUGACAGAAAAAUCGGGAACCGAAAGAUAAUUCCAGACAAGUUAAAAUGUUAUAUUACAUUCAGAGCUCUUGUUUUCAUCACAAAUAAGGAGAUAUUCAGUUUUUAUUAACAGAAAACCCAUUCUCCCGUGGCCAUGGAAUAAAUGCUGUGCUAUA